AUGCUCAGAAAGAACGUGAGACUUAGAAAAGAGUACCUCAUGAGAAUAGAGGACGAGAAGCGAGCCAAGCAGAAGUAUGAUAAUAAAAUGAGAUUGCUCAAUGCAGAAAUUGAGAGGAAAAAUGUUCCUACUGAUCUAUAUAGGGAUGAGGAGAAUCUGAGAAAGGAAAUGAAUGCUUAGGAUGAUAACACCAUAGUGCCAAGAACUCAUUUAGAUGAUGAAUAUGCUAUGAGUUUUUAUAGAGAACCCCAGAUUGUAUUGACAACAAGCAGAUCUCCAUCUCAGAGAUUGGUUACUUUAAUGAAAGAGAUGGGAUUGAUAUUUCCAAAUUGUACUAGAGUCAAUAGAGGUGCAUAAGUAGUGAAGGAUCUGGUAAUACAUUGUUAACAAAAAAAUUACUCAGAUUUAAUAAUUGUACAUGAACAUCGAGGGGAACCUGAUGGAUUAAUCAUAUCCCAUAUGCCCUUAGGUCCUACUAUUUAUUUUGGAGUAAAAAAUGCUGUAUUACGUCAUGAUUUAGAUGUUAAAGCAGACCCUCUUUCUGAGCAGUAUCCUCAUUUGAUAUUUGACAACUUCUCAACCAAACUAGGCGAAAGAGUGACUACAAUAUUAAAGCAUCUGUUUCCAGUUCCGAAAAUUGACAGCAAAAGAGUUCUUACAUUUCACAAUGAAAAUGGAGUCAUUCAAUUUAGACAUCACACUUACUAGAAAUCAUUCAAUCAAGUUGAUUUAAAUGAACAAGGUCCACGAUUUGAAUUAAAACCAUAUAAAAUAACCUUAGGUACUAUUGGAUAAAAGGAAGCCAUUGUAGAGUGGCAAUUAAGAACUUUUAUUAACACAGCCGGUAAGAAAAGUGUAUUAUGA